AUGUCUUCAAAAAUCACUAUCUAUGGUAUUAUAAAUCAUGAAGACUCUGAUCUUUUUGAAAGUGCAGGAUCAUUAACAUUGAGAACACCUAGGAAUGUACCUAAUUUCAAUGAAACUACUUAAUUAUCAAUUCCAGGUUACGUCAAAUAGAUUUGUGCAGGUCAAUCUCAUAUAUUAGCCUUAACUUAAGAUGGAAAUGUAUUUAGUUAUGGAUCAAAUUAAUUUGGUUAAAGAGGCUCAACAGGACCAGGAUUUCAAUUAGUAAUGAAGAAUGUCGUUUAGAUUACAGCAGGUUUAUAUCAUUCUGCUGCAGCUACAAGAGAUAAUAAAAUAUAUGUUUGGGGUAGAGGUUCAGAAGGUUAAUUAGGAUUGGGAGACACAGAAAAUGUUGAAAAACCAACCGAACUCAAUAUUUAAGGUUAAGAGGUAUGUUGUGGUAGUUUUCAUACUCUUGUAAGAAAUGGAGAAACAUGUUAUGUAAUGGGAGAAAAUUAGAAUGGAUAAUUAGGAGUAUUAGGAUAACAUAUAAGUCCUGUGAAAUUGAGUAUUCCUGUUGAAUAAAUGGCUGCAGGAUUGGAUCAUUCUUUAUUUUUAUAUAAAGGACAAGUAAAAUUGAGUUUCAAUAUUUAGGUUUUUGUUACAGGGAAUAAUUUAUUUGGAUAAUGUGGAGUAUCUGAAUAAGUAGUUAGAGAGCCUAUUAAAUUAUAAUUAAAUUUUGAAGUACAAUAGGUGAUAGCAUCUAUGGGAACAUUUAGUUGUGUAAUAAGUAAAUAAGGAAAAGUUUAUUUUUGGGGGACUGGAAGUUGGGGUUAUGCUAGAAAGUGUACUCCAUUAGAAGAAUUAUGUAAAUUAGAGGAUGGAUAGAGAGUAUCAUAAGUAAUUUCAGGAGAAAACUUUGCUAUGUUGAAAUGUUUAGAUGGAUGGUAUGUUUUUGGAAUGAAUAAAAUGCCUGAAAAUUAUUCAUAAUAAUAAACACAUAGGAUUUAAUUAAGUAAAGUAAAUUUAGUAGAUGGUUAAAUCUGUGCAGGUCUUAAUGUUGUUUUUGUCUAUUCCCAUAAUUAAGAAGUAUAAAAACCAAUUUAAUAAAUGACUGUUGAUUAAGGAUCAUAUGUAUCAUAAUCAUCAGAAUAAGAUUAUAAAUAGAGGCCAAGUUAUAAAUAAAAUAAUGAAUUAAGAUAAUCUUAUCAAUUAGCAUAAUCUGUUACCUAUUAACCAUCAAGUGCAAUGAAGAGUUCAUAAAUUCCACCAUCAGCUAUGAGAUAAUCUCAAUAAGUUACAAAUGUCUCUUAAUUUUCUAAUUAAAUUAGUUCUUCUUUAUAAUUUUAAAAUGAGUAUUAAUCAAAUAAAAUUGAAACUACAAAGUAAGGAAAGGAUUACAAACUUAGUGAUCUACUUUAUAGAUCUGAUCAUAAAUAAGAUAUUCGAUAAGAACUUAAAUUAGAUCUAAGAUAAUCUGAAUAGAAAAUAAGAACAGAAUCUAGAACUCCUGAUAAUAGAAAUGAUCAAAAAUAAAAUGAUAAAAAAUCUGAUAAUAAAUAACCAUAUAAAGAAGAUGAAUUAAAACAUGAAUUAAAAUAAGAAUUACUUAAAUUAGAAAAAAGAUAAGAAUAAUUCAAAUAAGAAAUUAUUAAUUAAUAAUAAUAAUUAGAUAAAAAAAAUGAAAAUUUGAGAGAAAUUACUUUUGGUUUCAAAUCUGAUAUGAAACCUUUGUAAGAAAGAAAUACAGCAUAAUAACCAUAAAAAUGUUAUGAUUGUUAACAUUUUGUUUAAAAAAAUGAUUAUUAUUAGAAACAUAUUAAAUUUUAAGAAGAAGAAAUAAAUAAUCUUAAAAAAGAAUUAGAUAUUUUAAAAAAUUAAAUUAAAUAAAAAGAUAAUUAUGUUAAUGAGUUAGAAAAUAGAAUUUUAAAAUAUUAAGAAACUAGUUUUAAAUAAGUUGGUUUACAAUAAUAAUAAUAAUUAUUAUAAUAAUAAUAAUAAUAAUUAUAAUAAUAAUAACCUACUAUUUAUAAACCAACUAUGGAAGUUAGAUUAAAAAGUGAAGAAAAAUAACCAGUCACUAGAGAAGAAUAAUUAAUAAAUUACUAAAAAAUUAUUGAUUACUCACCUAAAAUAUAUAGAUAACCUAUUAUUGAUUAAUCACCAAAAGAAAGAAAUUUUAAUACAAGUAUAAUUGAUAAAAUUUAAACAUAUUAAUAAUCUGCAAAAGCAGCAAGACCAGUUCACUAAAAUCUGAUGAAUAGAUAUUCAGCUCAUGAAGUUCAACCAUAAUAAAUCUACCAACCUAAUACAUAUGUAAUUCCAUAAUACUUCAAAGCCAGAAAUUGA